CCAGAUUCUACUGCGCAUGCGCAUUACUCCAACAACUACUCUUUGAACCGUCAGGUGUAGCUCCGAAGUUCGGUAACGGUCAAACGCUCGCGAGCUAAAGCCGUUAAUCGACUUCAGCCGUUUAGCCCAUUAUUUAUCGUAACCUGGUCGUCAUGGCGACUUAAAGCUGCCAACAGGAAGAAGAAGACGAAGAAGAAGACGAAGAAGACGAACAACAGGUUGUCAGGGGACAACAAUGUCCGCCGCCUUGGCGUGCGGCGCGGUGGUGUUUCCCGGGCUUUUCUACGGCCUCAGGACCCUUCUGAGGCGCAGGUUCACGCGCUGGAGUGAAGCCGACGUGGUGUGCGUCAGCGAGAGGCUGGUGUCCUCCAUCCAUGCGUGUUUGGCCACCGCAGCCGGGAUCGUCAUCGUGACAACCUGCAACGACGUCAUGACCGACAGUCACUGGCUGGCCGACGGGUUCAGCCUGUUCGGCGCCCCCUACAUGGUCUACGACAUCUUCGCCAUGUAUCUGAGCCACUACCACAGGGUCAAAGGUCACUCGUCGUACAGCGGCCACUCUCUUCAGACGGCGAAGGCCUUCCUCGCCACGGCCUGGCUGAUGGUCGUCCAUCACCUGGCGCUGCUGCUCGUCUUCCUGCCCGUCGCUCUGUUCUUCAGACGCGGACUGGGGGAUUUCUUCGUGGGCUGCCUCUUCAUCACAGAGCUCAGCACUCCCUUCGUCUCCUUGGGGAAGAUCCUCAUCCAGCUGGGCCUCGAUGACUCCCGGCUCCACCGGAUCAACGGCGUCUUGGUGCUGCUGAGCUUCCUGCUGUGCCGCGUGCUGCUCUUCCCCUUCAUGUACCGGGCGUACGGCCGGCAGGUGGGGCUGCCGCUCCACCAGGUGGCGCUGCACCUGCCGCUGCAAUGCACCCUGGGUAACCUGGCCAUCCUGGCCCCGCAGCUGUACUGGUUCAGCCUGCUGCUCAGGAAAGCCAAGCGGCUCUACCUGCGCCAGAAGAGAGGGACGAGAGACGGAGGGAGAGACAGAGAGAGAGAUGGAGAGAGAGAAAGAGGGGGAGACGGCCUGAAGACGGACUGAAGCAGCUGGUGGAGAAGAAUCAACGUUUUUAAGAAUAAUUUAUAUUCUGGGGAGAUCUUUUAUUUUGUCGUUUUGAAGUGGACAUUAUUUCUUCUUUCUUUUACUGAGACAUUUUUAAGAUUUGGAGUGAUAAAUAAGUAGUAUAAGAUUAAGUUAAACUAUUCUGAGAAACUUUUAAUAUAUUUGUUCAAACUUUGAAAACAUUUUUUACUGUAUAUUUUUCCAUUUCCUCAACCGUUGUUAUAUUUCUAUAUAUAUUACAAUAUAUAGGCAUUUUAUAUAUAUAAUAUAUUAUUUAUAUAUUAUAUAUAAAAUAUAUAUAUUAUGUUAUUUACAUAUAUGUAAUAUGUAUGUAUAUAAUAUAUAUAUUAUGUAUAUAUAUAUACAUAAUAUAUAUAUUAUAUACAUAAAUCAUACAGAGAAUAUCUUUUGUUGUGCGUUAUUUGAACUUUGUUGGUCAACCGUUUCCUUUUUCACCAAUUGCAAAUAAAACUUGUAACUUUAAA